UGAACAACGCUUCGGCAAAUGAACUCGCAUUAAGGCUUAAUAAAUAUAUAAUUUCUCUGGUUAUUAUAUGAUACGUUGUUGCCGGAUGUGUUUAAGUCAGUUUGAUUGAUUUUUUCAGACCCACACCCGAAGAGAAUCUAUCAAGAUGGGAUCAGCCUUGGAGAGCUUUGUGAACAGAAUGGUCUCCAUCAUCACGGCUGAUGGCCGCAAUUUCAUUGGAACCCUGAAAGGAUUCGAUCAAACUAUCAAUCUCAUUUUGGACGACACUCAUGAGAGGAUUUACUCACCGGCCCAAGGGGUUGAAAGAGUUGUUCUGGGGCUGCACAUCGUGAGAGGAGACAACAUUGCUCUUGUUGGUGAAUUGGAUGAAGAUGUGGAUUCAAGACUAGAUCUUCAAAGUAUGAGAGCCGAUCCGAUCGCCUCCAUGAUUCAUUGAUUCAGUGCCCGUAAAUGUAAUGCGAAGUAUUCUAAAAGAUAUCCAACCGAACUAGAACUUUGGAAUACACACAAAAAAAACAUUUAAAUCUUCGUUA